CCUUGGAGGAAGCUCUGAACGCCUCGGAUAAAUUCAUCCGAGCCGAAGAGUGGAACAAAACAAAAACCCGACCUCAAUCUGGGGGAGGGAAGCAAAAACAAACACCCUUGUCUGAAGGCCAAAGCCAGAGGACAAAUGGAAAGGCCAAGGCCUCGGAACAAUCUUCGGCCAGCGAGCCAAAGAAGGAAAAAUCUGCCUCAUACACAGGCAGAUACGAGUCCUACACUCCGCUCUCUCUUCCACGCGCCAAAAUUUACAGCGUGACGAAGGAGGAGCAAAUUUAUCGAAAGCCGAGACUAGGGGUGUACAAAAACUGGACCGGACCUGAAACCGGACCUGAACCGACCUGAUCCAGACCGGACCUGACCCGGACCUGUUGAUUCAGGUCCGGUCCCGGUCCUUAAAAAUAAAGGUUCCCGGUUCCGGUCUGGACCCGGUCUAAACCCGGGGUUUUCAGGUCCGGACCUGAAACCCGGAAAAAUUGUAUUUUAAAAAAAAAAAAAAAAAAAAAAAAAAUUCAAAAAUCAAAAUAACGCUGCUGCUUGAGUGACGCUUCAGUUCUCUUUCAUUUCAUUCUAACCCUAACAAACAGGUUGUCUCCCCCUCUCCCUCAAGCUCACUGUCUCCAGUCUCAGCCCAACGCGGCAACGCCCACCGACGACACCUCCUGCCUUCCUCACUCUCUCAGGCGAAGCCCAGGCGCCCACCGACCACCGCAUGAGACAGCUACUGCGCGAUUUUCCAUUUCUCCGUUAUGGGGAAGAAAUGCGAAGGCUGUAAAAUUGCGGAGAAUUAUAAUUAUUGGUCUGAACUUCCUGCAACAAAACACCAAUUCUUCAAGGUCAUGUAUGGCGAUUUUGAGCACCAAAUGAAUAUUCCUCAGAAGUUCAUGGAGUGUUUCAAGGAGAAACUCUCCCCGUGGUGUACACUUAUAGCGCCAAGUAAACACAAAUGGAAAAUCAGACUCUCGAGUACAUAUGAUGAAAGGCCAUUGGUGUUUACAGAUGGAUGGAAACAGUUUGUUCGUGACAAUGGAGUGGAAACAAAUGACUUCUUAGUGUUCCGUUUUGUUGGAGACUCCUCGUUUGAGGUGUCAGUGUUUGACAAGAGUGGUUGGGAGAAAGAGGGUUGUCACUUUUCCAUUAAUUCCAAUUCAAUCUCAAGAAGAUUCUCUUGUACAAGUAAUCUCCACAUCAACCAUGGUAGUGUGGCUAAAGAAGAAAUUGAGAUUUGUGACUCAUCAUCAGAGGAUUAUUCUUUGUGGAAGGAAGACGAAGAAGAGACUGAGGAUGUAAGUCAUGUAAUAACGGAAGAAAAGAGGGAGAGAAGAGGAAGCUCAAGUGAAGGAAAAUUUCCUCAAAGCCAAAAGUACUUCAUAUCGAAUAGGCGGGAUCUUAAACCUGGAGAAAAGAAAAGGGCUUCCAAGAUGGCAGAGUGUUAUAGGCGCAACAUGAAGGAUAAUAAGAGAGUGUUUCCUGUGUUUCAGAUAGCCAAAAGUACUUCAUAUCGAAUUUAUGUUUUUUUUUUGGUAUUUUUGGUGUUUGAGAAUUGAGA